AUGGCCCCCAAGGGCCCCCCAAGAGCCGAUGCGACUUCCAGCACUUCCGACUUGACUGCAGAGGAAAUGCAGCGAGUCCCCAGCGCCCCCGCAGCAGCAGCAGCAGCAGAGCCUGCAGCAGCAGCAGCAGCAGCAGCAGCAGCAGCAGCAGCAGCAGCAGACAGGCGGUUUCUUCUGGGCCUCGAAACUGGCAGGUGGUUCGAAGGCAGCAACGGCGCUGUCUAUGAGCUGCUGGACCCCAUUGGCUCUGGCAGCGCCUCCACAGUCUUCAGGUGCAAACGUGUCCGCCAGCAGCAGCAGCAGCAGCAGCAGCAGCAGCAGCAGCAGCAGCAGCAGCAGCGGGGGGAUGCAGCAGCAGCAGAAGACCAGGACGCGGUCCUGGCUGUGAAGGCCAUCGACCUCAAGGGUCUCAAACUAAAUGCAAACUUCAAAACUGAACUCGAGAAGCUGCGCAAAGAGGUAAACCUCUAA